GUGUUUUUCGAAAAGAUAAAAGGGGACAUUCAUUAUUUUGUAAUUAGUUUAAAUAUAAGCUAUUGUCGCUUAACAUGGCUCAAAUUCCUUCAUUUCUUUGUAGAUUUGCUAGAUCUCCGAGCAAAAAACUGUUUAUUAAGUUGAAAGCAAAGAAUAAUGCUGUGAGAUCAAUUUCAACAUGCCAUUAUCUCUUAGGAAAAGUGUCAUUUAAAUUGUCUGAUAUUGGAGAGGGUAUUAGGGAGGUAGUGGUUAAAGAAUGGUUUGUUAAUGUCGGGGAUAAAGUAUCACAGUUUGACAACAUUUGCGAAGUCCAAAGCGAUAAAGCUUCAGUUACAAUAACAAGUAGAUACGACGGCGUUAUUACAAAACUUCAUUACAAGAUUGAUGAAACGGCUUUAGUUGGGCAACCUCUUGUAGAUUUGGAAACUGAUAAUCAGGAUGAUUCAGAUAAUCAGCCUGAAGAGCAAGAGGAAAGUACCAAAUCAACAUUACCACCAGAAAUUUCAAAUAAUAGUCCAGGACUUGAAGAUGAAGGUUUUACAUCAUCAAAGCCUGCAGUAUUAUGUAUACCAUCAGUGCGCCGUCUGGCAAAAGAUCACAAUAUAGAUUUAACUAAAAUAAAAGGAACUGGAAAGGAUGGUAGAAUCUUAAAAGAAGAUAUUUCCAAAUAUUUAGAAGGAACAACUGAAGCUAGAUCUGAAAUUUUACAAGCAAAAGAUGACGAAAUUGUUAAUGAUGUUAUACCAAUCAAAGGUUUUACAAAAGCUAUGUUCAAAACCAUGACUGAAGCUCUUAAAAUACCCCAUUUUGUGUACAGCGAUGAAAUAAAAGUUACAAACAUUUCUAAAUUACGCAAGGAAUUAAAAAAUCUGCCAGAACUUCAGAAAAUAAAAUUAACUUUCUUGCCAUUUUUUAUUAAAGCUACUUCUAACGCGCUAAGAAGAUAUCCAAUUAUCAAUUCAUCCAUAGAUGAAAAAUGCGAAAAUAUACUUCUGCAUAGGGACCACAAUAUUGGAAUUGCAAUGGAUACCGAACAAGGACUGGCUGUGCCUGUUAUCAAGAAUGUUGAGAACAAAACGAUAUUAAAUAUAGCGGAAGAAUUGAAUAAAUUAAUUGAGAAUGGCAAAAACGGCACGUUUGCUCCUAGCGAUUUAAGUGGCGCAACUUUUUCGAUUUCUAAUAUUGGAAUUAUUGGAGGAACAUACACAAAACCAGUAAUAUUACCACCUCAAGUUGCUAUAAUAGCUAUAGGAAAAGCACAGAUUCUACCCAGAUUUGAUCCAGCAGGAAAUGUAAUACCUGAAGAAAUAAUAAACAUUAGUGGCUCAGCAGACCACAGGGUUAUUGACGGCGUCAGUAUGGCCAAUUUCAUUACAGCCCUUAAGAAGCAGAUCGAAAAUCCAAACUUGUUGUUUUUAAAUUUGUGAAAGAAAUUCAUUUUUUACGUUAAUAAAUAAUUUAUUUU